AUGUCUCCCCUAUUGGCCCUGCUCCUGGGGGCUGUGCUCUGCCCCCACAUACUCGGCCACCCGACAGAGCCAGAGACAGUGACCCCAGAAGAUUCACAUAACAAUACCCUCCCCGACAUCCACACUCUAGCUAGCAGCAAUACCAACUUCGCCUUCAGCCUCUACAAGCUCUUGGCUGCCCAGAAACCCGAGAACAACGUGAUCUUUUCCCCAUUCAGCAUUUCCGUGGCCUUGGCUCUGCUGGCCCUUGGGGCCCGUGGCAACACCCAGACCGAGACUCUCCAGGGCCUCAAGUUCAACCUCACCCAGAUAUCUGAGGCUGAAAUUCAGCAGGGUUUCCAGCUACUGCUGAGCCGCUUGAGCAGGCCAGGGACCGACCUGCAACUCAACAUAAGCACAGCCGUGUUUGUGGACCAGCAGUUUCACCUGCUAAAGAGCUUCCGGGAAGAGGCCCAAACCUUGUACACAGCCGAUGCCUUACCUACCGACUUCCAGGAUCCCCUCACUGCUGAGAAGUUCAUCAAUGACUACGUGGAGCAGAAAACCAAGGGGAAAAUCAAAGAACUGGUCAAGGACUUAGAAUCAGGGACGAAGAUAGUGUUGGUGAACUGCCUCUUCUUUAAAGCCAAGUGGAAGACACCCUUCGACCCCCACAAAACCUUCACAGGAGAUUUCCAUGUGAACAAGAUCAGGGUGGAAAAGGUGCCUAUGAUGAUGGUUGAGGAUGUAUCAGUGCUGCACUUCAGGGACGAGAUGCUGGGCAGCAACGUGGUACAGCUGCCCUACAGUGACAAUCGUGCGUAUGCACUCCUUGUCCUUCCGGACCAGGGCCGCAUGGCUGAGCUGGAGGGGGCACUGCACCCUUGCACCUUCCAGCACUGGAAGGACUCGAUGAUGUCCAGAAAAAUAACGCUGUACCUGCCCAAGUUCUCCAUCUCUGGAGACUAUGAUCUGGAUAAAGUCCUGCCUAUGCUGGGUAUCAGUGAGGUCUUCUCUAAGGACGCGGAUCUCUCAGGCAUCACAGGGGAGCAGAACCUGCAUGUUUCUCAGGUAGUCCACAAGGCUGUGCUGGAUGUGGCCGAGGAAGGCACAGAAGCAGCGGCCGCCACUGGCAUCAACAUGAUGAAUAAAUCCUUAAUAAGGAACUCGAUCGUUGUGGAUUUCAACAAACCCUUCCUGAUAAUUAUUAUCUCUGAGGACACACAGGACAUCCUCUUCUUGGGAAAAUUGGCUAACCCCAUAACGGCCUGA